AUGCGUCCUCGCCGUCAUCCUCACCGUCCUCACCGUACUUACCGUAGACCAAUGAUCAAACGAAAGAGAAUAAGAAGACUACCGGAGAUGGAGAUGGAGAUGCAUAUUCCUAUGCAUGUGGUCACGAAGGAGGUCCUUACGAAACUGCCUGCUAAAUCAUUGAUGAGAUUCAAAUGCGUCUCAAAGAUUUGGUCAUCCUGCAUCAGCUCACCAUACUUCAGAGACCGUUUCCUCACGGUCCCAACCCGACAACGCCCACAUCUUUUCAUGUGUUUGCAGGAUGUCAAUGACCACAGUAGCUCUGUCACGCUGUCACUGGUUCCAGACGCUAACAGUCAUGAUACUCCGUCUUCUUCUUCUUCCUUUGUAGUUGACCUCACCAUCCCACGGAUGAGAGGUGGCUACAUCUGCCAAAAUCUAGGCGGCUUCAUGUGCUACGACCUAUGGAAUAAGCCGCUUAUCUUUAACCCUGCCACGAGAAAGCUUGUCACUUUACCCUCUGCCAUCAAAUUCAGUAGCAAAGGCACCGUAGGCUCCUACUAUUUUGGACACGACCCUAUUACGAACCAGUACAAAGUGGUCUGCUCAGUUGGUGUCCGUCUGACCAAUACGCAAAAGGUAAGGUCCCAUCAUCGUGUCUUUGUACUCAAACCUGAAGGAGGAGGUUCCUGGAGAAAGGCGAAUCCACUUCAUCCUCCGGACUUUAUUCCUCAUAUUGCGGCCAGAGGAGGCGUGUGUAUCGACGGGGUUAUAUAUUACCUUGGUUGGACUGCUGAUGAUAGCUGUAUGCUUGUGAGUUUCGGUGUUAGAUCCCAUGACUUCAAAAUGAUCCAAGUACCUCGUGCGGAGGAGUUGCCUCUUCCUGCAGAGAUGAAUGUGUGUCUUGUAGAGUAUGGUGGCAAAGUAACUGUUGUUGACCAGACCAGUCUUCGAGAUAAGGGUAGGAUUGAUUUGUGGGCAUUGGAAAAUGCUGCAAACCCAAAAAGAAAAUAUUUCUAA